CACGUGACUUUCAUCCGUUUCUUCUCAUAUUCCACACCACAGUGCGCCCCAGCUGGCUUUUGCUUUUGCCUCUACGUAUACGCAACGUGUGCAGAGAGCACAACAACAGUUCAAACGAAAGAGAGUCGGCCAGCGAGAGAGAUAGAGAAAGAGAGCCAGUGCGCUCUCACUGCCGCAGUAUUGUUGCUGCCCGAGUCAGGCGGCGCGGCCUGGCCUGCCUGGCCACAUGGACUUUUCCAGGGGUAUUUCAUCUGUGUGCCAAUCUCGGGCCCCAUUCAGUUUCAUCUGAGACUUUUGGCGCAGCGGUCGAUACACAGAGGGAGAGAGAGAAGAGAGAGCUCCGUUGAACAGGGCCCCAAGAAUACGAGAAACUCAAGCAAAACCCCCGUGGAUGAACACCAAAGAAAAUCGAAAUUGAAUAUUUUUGUGGACAAAAAAUAUCUAUAAACAAUAGAAGUAAUAGAGAAAGUGGAACGAACUCGAGUGUGUUGUUGCUUAGUGUUGUGCUGCUGCCAGAAGCAAAAAGGAACUUGAGUGGAGUGUAAUGCGGUGUUGAGGAGGCUCUGGGCUCUGCAUUUUGCCGUCGCUAAUUGUACAUACGGUCCCGUACGCAGUGCAGCUGACAGGCGACCAUCAAAAAAUCUGCCCAGAAGGAGAGAGCUCUCCUUCAGUCCGCCCCCAAAUUCUAAUCCCGGGAAAUUGUUGGCCUGCCAAGCCUCAAGCUGGGCGAUUACCGCAAAAUGACACGUGUCAGGCGCAUUGUGCGCUUGGCCUAAAAGUACGCUGCAUCAUUAGUGUCAGAGCGAAGGACUCCUCCCAACAACAAAGACACCAACAGGGCCAAAAACAACAGCCGACGACUGCAGCAGGGAAAUUGAAAAUGUAUGCUCAUUAGGAAGACUCAGGACCCAGAAGACAGAAGGCGGGUAGGAAAAACCAACGGCAAAAGCGCAUUACAAGGAUCCCCGAAACGACAAGUUCCUAAGUCAAACAGCGGCACCAACACCAACCAACAGUCAGUCAUAAUUACCCGGCAGCAGCACAAAGGGGAAGCAGAUGGGCCGAAGGACAGCUGGCAAAAGUCAAGGACAAGCUUGAAAGUAUUUCGCGAAAGCAUGAACCGAGAGCGGCAGGCCUUAGAAAGUGACUUCUGGUAUUCCGCCAACAAACUGAAUAAGAUGCCAGCCUCCUCAGCGAGCUGAUGCGCCAAUAAAUUCUGAAAAUAAGACAAAUUAACAGAGAGCUCGCUGGCGAAUUAUGGCCAAGGAAAUUGAUAGAUUCGAUUAGCAAUCCAAAAAGCAUAAAGUAAACGAAACACAUCGACAGAGAGGAGGAGAGCGAGAACGACGACAUCUCCAACAAAGACAACAACCGGAGGCUUCUUUAAUUUGUCAGACGUACCCGUACCCGGGCCCCCCGCCUUGACACACGACCACCACCGACGAAAACCGGCUGGAACGCCCUCUCGGAUUUCCGUAAAAUUCAUCGCUUUAAGCCAACAAACAGCGAGUCAUGCCUGAGCAGGAUAAUUACGAUGAUGAGUUGGUCUCCAGCAAUCCGAACCAGCGGAACUGGCGCGGCAUCCUCAUCGCCCUCCUGGUCAUCAUCAUUGUCCUCGCCCUGAUUGUUACUUCGGUGGUGCUGCUCACGCCCCCCGAUGAGGGACCGCGCGUCAAGGGGCAACGCAUCAAGCUGCAGGACAUAGUCGAUGGCCUCUACAUGCCGCAGCACGCCAACGGCAGCUGGAUCGAUGGCGAAGAGUUCCUCUAUCAGGACCAUUUGGGUCGCAUCUGUCUGCUGAAUGCAGCCAAUCGCUCGGAACGUGUCCUCAUGUCCAAUGUGACAUUUAAAACCCUGGCCCCCUUCACCUUCACCAUAUCGGCGGACAAGCGUUACCUGCUCUUGGCCCAAAAUGUUGUGAAAUUAUUCCGCCACUCGUAUCUGGCCCAAUACACGCUCUACGAUAUACAGACCAGCGAGAGCAUCAAGCUGCGGCACAGUCCACACCAGGAUGAAUGGCCAUAUCUGCACUACGCCCGCUUCAGCCCCAGGGGCAAUGGAUUGGUCUGGGUGCAGAGCUACGAUAUAUACUAUAGGAAGGAGGCACGCGGCACCACGGCACAUCGCAUCACCCACGACGCAGUGCCCGGAGUGGUCUACAAUGGCAUUCCCGAUUGGCUGUACGAAGAGGAAAUCCUUCAUGCAAAUAAUGCGAUUUGGUUGUCCGACACUGGCCAACUGAUGCUCUACGCCACCUUCAACGACACGCACGUCCAAGAGCAGCACUUUGCCUGGUACGGUACGACGGGUCCAUCCGGUGGGGCUGCAUCAGCAGCAGCUGCAGCCGGAGCCGGAGCCGCAGGCACGCCCGGAGGAAGUGGUGGCUCGUCGUCGUCGGGAGGGGGGAGUAAUCCGUAUGCCAACCUCUACCCGGAAAUCAGAUCCUUACGCUAUCCAAAGCCAGGCACUCAAAAUCCCACAAUAACUUUACGGGUGGCCGACCUCAAGGAUCCAAAGAAGGUGCACAUCACGAACCUACGACCGCCGCAAAUUAUAGCAAACGAAGAUCAUUACUUUAGCAGCGCCAGCUGGGUAAGUGGCACAGAGAUCGCUGUGGUCUGGCUGAAUCGGCCCCAGAACAUAUCCGUGGUCAGUGUGUGCAAGAGCCCGUCGUUCGAGUGCAUUGAGACCCAUCGGGUGAGUGGCGAUGGACGCGGCUGGGUGGACACCGUCUCCGUGCCACUGUUUGCGGCCAAUGGGAGUAUCUAUGUGGCCAUCUCUCCAUUACGCGAUGGCCUGUUUGGCUAUUUCCGGCACAUCGUGCACGUGGACAUCGACAAUAACCGGGUGCUGCCCCUCACCCAUGGCCCCUACGAGGUGAAUCGAUUGUUACACUGGGACCAGCUGGAUAAUUGGAUCUACUUCCUGGGGACUCCGGAGCGUCUGCCCUCGCAGCAGCAUCUCUACCGCGUAUCCGCUCUGCCCGCCCGCCAGGGACAGGCCCUGCACUCGCCCGACUGCCUCACGUGUCCCGCCCUGAUGCAGCGCUCCGAUAGCUACGAGGAGGGUCACACCAAGUCGCCGCCGAAGCUGGUGACGGCCUGGGAUGACGACUGGGAGGAUUCCGAGGAGGUGGAGGCCCAGGCACCGCCACCGGCCAUGCCUCUGGAGCAGCAGGCGCGUCCCGGACGCGGACAGAGGCCACCGCUGCCACCGCCACCCAGCGAUUGUCUCUACCAUGAGGCACAGUUUCCCAUUACUCUGCAGGCGCGCUACGUCCUUGUCGAGUGCCUGGGCCCCGUCGUUCCCACCUCCAUUAUCUAUGGCCUGAAGUCGACCAUCCCAUCGAGCUCCAAGGUCAACCGUCAGAGCACCCAACAAGAGGAACCCCCAACGGAGGGCGGAGAGGAGAAGGCAGACGUCGAACCCAAGUCCCAGUUUUUGGAGCUACUCGUCACGAUCCAGAAUAAUACGCGACUCAAGGAGAAAAUGGCCAAGACCGCGCUGCCGCAGAUGAAGACCUUCCCGGUAAUGAUCUCCGGCGGCUAUCAUGCCCAGGUGCGGCUCUACCUGCCGCCCGUGCUGCGUGAGGACGAAAUCACGCGAUAUCCCACCAUUCUGCAUGUGUAUUCGGGUCCGGGCACUCAGCUGGUCACCGAUCGCUGGCAUGUCGACUGGAACACCUAUUUGUCCGGCAGCAAGGAUUACAUUGUCGUCGAGAUCGAUGGACGCGGCUCCGCGGGUCAGGGCUACCAACUGCUCCACGAGGUCUACAAGCGUCUGGGCAGUGUCGAGGUCUCCGAUCAGCUUGAGGUCAGCGAGUAUCUGCGCGACAACCUGCACUUUAUCGAUUCCCGACGAAUGGGUGUCUGGGGCUGGAGCUACGGCGGCUAUACAGCUGCUCUGGCACUCGCCGGCCAGCAGGAUAUCUUCCAGUGCGGUAUAAGUGUUUCACCGGUCACCAAUUGGAAGCUAUACGACUCUACCUAUGCCGAACGCUAUCUGAGUUUUCCCAAUGUCACGGACAACUACAAGGGCUACGAGGAGAGCGAUCUGUCCAAGUAUGUGGACAAUCUGCGCGAUCGUCAGUUCCUGCUCGUCCAUGGCACAGCCGAUGACAAUGUUCAUGUCCAGCAAUCGAUGGUCCUGGCGCGAUCUCUGACCAGCAAAGGAGUGCUCUACAAGCAGCAGAUCUAUCCAGAUGAGGGCCACAGUUUGUCGGGAGUUAAGCGGCACCUUUAUCGCUCUAUGACCGCAUUUUUCGAGGACUGUUUCAAGAAGCUGGUGCCCCCGGAGUCGAAGGCUGGCCUGGGCAAUGGCGGCGAUAUGCAGCAAUAAACAUAAUUUAGAGAUGGAAUAAUUCUGAUUGCAAAACUCAAAACGGAACGUGGGAACGAAAUGGUUUUUUUGUAAAUUGCAUUAAAUGUGAUUUAUCGUUUACGACACAAACCAAACACAGAGAUACCGAAACACACAGCCAGCAGGAGAACCCUAUUAACCACUAAGUUAAAUGGCAUUUUGUUGAAAAUUAAUAAGCAAAGAAGAACACUACUACGAAUGAUCAAGGAAAACAAGGAAACAAGUGUGUCCUGUGAAAAGGCAAAGCAAGUGUGCCCAGAGCCCUGACAAAAAGCAGAACACGAAAAGGCCAAACCAGUGUGCCCAUAGCAGCGGAAACAAACCACGAAUGUUUAUGGCACGAGUAUGCGGAUAAAAGUAGCAAAAUCAACAUGGUUGUGAAAACAUAACUUACACACAGAGGCACAGACACAGAAACAGACACAGAUAAAAACAUGCACACGCACACACCUCCAAUCUACACCUAUACAAGCAUACACUGAGCGCAAAAGAGGGAGAGCGACCGCGGUGCGCACAAAGGUAGGCAAUAAAAAAUUCGCAUGCGGCUUUUCUUCGGUGACAGGUGUGACAUUUUAAUGCCCUUGCAGAGGGUAUUACCACUUUGAGUGAAAUUUCAACAACGGAUGUUCAAACUAGAAUUAUUCGUGAUCCAUGUGUCAAAAUUUUGGAAAAUACUGUCCCCAAAUUCAAAAGCUUUCUUUCACUCGCUCUGCAAGGGUAUUAAGCGCUUCGGUUAUCCGAAUCUGCCUUUCUUUAUUGUUGAUUUUUUAUUUUAUUUUGUUUGCUAUAACUUAUGCAGUUUUGCAUAAAUUUCCAAUGAAGAGAAAACAGAAAUAAAAUUGAAAACACACAUUUAUUGAAGAGGCAAACAAGAACCAGCUGAGGUUUGAGGUGUGCGGCGUUCGGCCAGAACGGAAAUUGCCACCAUAAAUCAAAUUUGACAACGUUCUAAAUGGCAUUUUUUGGUGGUGAAACACACACAUUUUUAUCAUUUGCUAAAAUUCUUAAUGGCUGAUGCGGGCAGAAAGCACAGAGCCCAUAAAUUCUACAUAAAUUGAUGAAGUUUUGCUCAUAAUUGAAAAGUGGAGAAGAGAUUGAAAAUAAUUUAGAGUAACUUUAUUUCCGAUUAAAGAGUGUUUUCAUUUGCAUAGCUAUCUUUAAGACACUCUUUCUCUAAUAUGAAUGCUGUUAAUCGCACAUUCUAUGAUUGAAUUUUAUCAUAAAAUUUACUGCCACCAAAACACAAACGAAAUUAAACAGAAUAAUGUCCGAGAGAUAUGGUCGUUGUCCCCUCAGCUGGGGAAAACGAGAAAGAAAAUACGUUUGCAGUAAAGUUUAAUUAAAUCCAAUGGAAUAAAAACACAACACAGCAACACAGCCAUAAAUAAAAAGCAUAAAUAAUUGAAAUGAAACGGAAUGUUGGAACCAGAGACGCAGGCAGGCACGCAGGCAGCCCUGCAUGAAAAUAAUUUCGAAUAAAAACUGAAUUGAAUUCGCAGCAAGCAAACAGCAGAAAAACGCAAAAUGGCCAAAGUAAAAUUAAAUUAAAGAGGAGAAAAUAUACUAUGCGAUAAACUCCAACAACAACAACAAGAAAGAAUGAAAAUUAUAAAGAAAAUAAACAAAUUUAAUAGUUUAAAUGCAUGUAAGUAGCGCAACAAUAUUUCAAAUAUUUAAUAGACAAAUUGAAUCGUUUUUGUUAAUUAUUUUGUAUUGCCACAAGAACUUCAAUUUCGACUUUGAAGGCAUGGCAAAGUACAUUUCUAAAGGAGAAAGUAGUAGUGAAAGUAGAAUUAACCAAGAAACUAGUCCAUAAGCGAAGGUGAACUAACGAGUUAAAUGAAAAUGAGAAAAAAAGGUCAAAAAUAGCUGCGAUACACAUUAAACAUUAAAAAGAAAAAGAAUGACAAAAUAAUGCUCGAAUUGUAUGCAAAACUGCGACUGUCACAGGCGCAGGAGCAGGCAACGUUGACAAAGGACAAAGGCACUGAGGCGCCAAUGACACUGCAUCGCACAGACAGACAGACAGACAGUCCCAUUCCCAGUCCCAUUCCCAGUCCCAUUAAAAGCCCCAAUUAGCAAGGCAACACCAGUGGAAGAUUGGAGCAUCCCGCUACCAUACUUUCCCUUCUUUUCAAAUAUGGCAAUAUGCAGAAAAGGAUUAGCUUUAAUUAGAUUUCUGGCCCGGCACACUUUUUGCAAGCGGCAGUUAAUUAGCAAAACCGCCAGGCAAAUUCUGACUCUGUUGCGGCUCCUAAUUAUGAUGGUUGUGCUGGCAGUCGCCCAGAAACAGAAGCAGUGGCAGUGGCAGCCGUUGGAAAAUAUAUGGUUAUAGGAUAGCUCCGAUCGGGUUGUCUGGAGGCAGAAUGAAGGUAGAGGUGGUUUCAGAAGAACCAGAAAUAAGGGCACUCCCUCAGCAGAUCUCCAAGGCUUAGCCAUAGCUGUUUAAUGUUAAUAUUAUGGAUGCUUUUAGCAAAGAGUAUAUCUCAGAUAUGACAGGACACAUAAAAAAGAUCUCAAAAUCUGGCCGGAAAGCCUUUAAAGCGUAUUGCUAUGAUAACCCUACUAAUUGUUAUAAAAUCCCCAGGCAACUAUGGGCGAAUCUAAAUCCGAAAAACUACAGCUUUUUAUGAGACAUAAAGCUCAAGUAGGUUUAAACGAAAUGAAACCUAAUUACCAGGCAGUCUUUAAGUUUUUCCACCUUAACAACAUUUCAGCUCUUACCUACGAAAGAGUGCCAUACAAGUACAUCUCCUCGCUUCGCAGUGGCAAUCUCAAUGGCCUCAAAAUUUCUCCAACUUUCAGGGCAAUUUUAAUAAUAAAGCCACGCUUGCCGCAGAGCCCCCUAGCCUUAACCCCUACCUUCCGAGAGAGAGAGAGAGAGAUCCCUCAGGUAGGCCUCUAGGUGGGAUGUUAGAAAAUUGCAAGGCAACAUAAAUUUCUGUCUGCCUGACACUUUUAUGUGCGUCGCUGGCGGUUUCUGCCGUUUUUACGCGUUUUUAGACGCUGGCAAAACGCAUGCCAAUGUUUGGCUAAGUCCGGGGGUGUACGUUUACCCGUCCACAAUUAACUCGCUGGCUGGCACACACACACGCAAACACGCACAGCUACAAAGAGAAAAGGAAAAGCACACACAGAUACUCGUACACCACCUGGUGUGGUGGUCGGUGACGGACGUGUCUGUGUGUGGGUUUCAGGUGUUUAUUUUUAGUCUGAAAGGUCGUCACAGCUGUGUUAGAUGUCGGAAAAGCUGAGUCUGCGGCUGUAAAAAGACCAGCUGCUGCUGCUCUCAUCUCGCUCUCGUCCCCCCGCCCCACACACACACGCCCCGA